UGGGUCCUUCUGCAAAUGUUCCGCUUCCUUGUCAGUGUAAAGAUGGCACUCACAGCCCCGUGCAAAGGGUGAUAUUCUCUGAAAUGAAAAUGGACAAGGGAGCAAGGGAGCAGAUUUAUAAAAUACACUGGCUCAGACUGCUGUUGCAGUAGACAUGAAAUUGACUGAAGACAGUUUAUUUACCUCCAAGGACAAGGAGUGCAGAUCCGUUUGAUUUGUUGCUGGUUGAAGUGUGGGAGCAGUCGGAUCUGGUUAGCUAACAUAACUGUUAGUGUUAGCAAAAUAGAUGCGCGCAAAUAUAGUGAUUCUGUAUUGAUUUAUACGUGCAUAUUCGACCAUGGCCAUCUCCCAGUUUCGCCUUUUUAAGAUCUGCACUUGCCUAGCAACCUUGUUCUCCUUCUUCAAAAGAUUGAUAUGCAGAUCGGGAAGGUUGCGGAAGCUAAGUGGUGACCAGAUAACUUUGCCAACUACAGUGGAUUUUUCAUCAGUUUCCAAACAGCCUGAGAUUGAGGAGUGGAGCUCCUGGGAUGAGGAAGCCCCCACAAGUAUCAAAAUCGAGGGGGGCAAUGGCAACCUUCCUGCCCCUCAGGAUGAUCAAGAGGAGGAGGAGCCAGAUUACUUCAAGGACAUGGCUCCCACCAUCAGGAAAACCCAAAAAAUUGUUCUGAAGAAGAGGGAACCUCUGAAUUUCUCCGUUCCUGACGGGAAUUCUGGGUUCUCCAGCCGGCUGGCAGCCACUCAGGGCGUGUCCUUUAUCCAGCCAUCGGGGGAGCUCGGAGAAUUGGACACCUGGCAGGAGGACCCGAAUGCCUGGGAGGAUGAGUCUGACGCUGCAUGGGAGGCAGAGGAGGUGCUGAGGCAGCAGAAGAUGGCGGAGAGGGAGAAACGUUCCAUGGAGCAGCAGAGGAAGAAACUGGAGAAGGAGGCACAGAGACUGAUGAAAAAAGAACAGAAGAUUGCUGUUAAGCUUUCGUAACGUCGAAGGAGCCCUGGGCGACGACACAUGCCCAGAAAAGCCUGGACAUCCUUCCAUUCAAUCACCGUUUCCAUACCUAUAGUUUUCUCCCUCCCUUUCCAAAGCUGAACCGUUCAUUAUCAGUUUCUUGGUAUACAUCUACCAGCAGCCAUUCAAAAUAUUCUAUCUGGUGUCUGUGAAUCAUUCUGUAGGUCUGUUUUAAAAAAAGAAAAAUAACAAGAAAAUAUAAUUUAUAAAUUAAUUAUGAAUUAUAUAUUUUUUGCCUUUGUUGAAUCAGGUUGCAGGAACUAUUGUAAAUGGAAUUACAAUUGAACAUUUUGAGAAUUGGAAAGUUUUGUCUUAUUUAUGUGGUUAUAAUGGUCAGUGGAGGGGUGAUGUGAACAUCUUAUUUUUUUUCCUCAAUAGCUUAAUUUGGUUUUUUAGGUUUUAUUUGAAUUAUCCUUUUUUUGGGUGGGGGUCUUCAUUCAAGAUUUUUGUCGCAAGACUUUCACCAGUCGAUGUGCAACUCCAAACACUGAAUUCACGUAGUGCAAACAAGAAUCACUGAUGUAAAUGAAAGUGUGAAUGAAAACGGCAUCUUUAUAGGACAAGACGUUUUUUUUGGGAGGGCUCCCAAAGAAAUUUCUAGAUUUGCUAGUCUGUCAAAUUGGAUGUUCUUUGAAGGGCAUGUCUUAACGUCAUGGAGAUGGUACUCUGUAAGGUUCUUGCUCUUACUCAUGUUCCUAAUGCUCUAAAUAGUAGCUGUUAUUUUCACUAAAAAAUUUUUUUUUUUCAUUGAUGAAUCAAUUAAAACUAAAGUCAUUAACACUGACUCUGCAUUGCAUAUUCCACAUAUGAUAAAUUAAUCUUAUAUCAAUGAUUGCACAUCUUGCAGCAGGGAUUUAAUGGCCGGAUGUUAAAGUGUCUGCUGUUACGGGAAGAACGGGCCUUUCGUGGUCCAGUAGCAUUGACAUGUUUCAGUGUGCAUCUGUCCUGGUGCAAAUCAUGUUGUGCAGCACAUGGGAAAUGGAGGCUAGUACAGAAGAUGUACAUAACUGUUUUGCAUAGAAACACACAGAGGAGGGCUUCUGUGCAUCUGUGUAAUAGAACCACGGUGCUUUUCGCUUGUUGUUUAAGCAUUAUAGCAUUAUCUCUAAGCAUUAUUUAAGAGGAACGGGAGGAUGGUCAGCACACUCUGGUCGUAAUGGGUAUAAUGGUAAUGAGUUGUCAUGGAAACAUGGGGAAAUCACAGCUUCAGAUAAAUGAUCCCGGGAGAGCUGUCAUUUUUGAACAAUUUUCAGUGAGCAGUCUGACGUGGAACGAUUAGGCAUCUAUCAUCGGUUUCCCAAAAAAUUUAAGACACUCACCAAAUGUCAUUCACCUUAAUUUUGGCAGGGAUGUUUGCAUUUUUUUAAAUUAUUUUUUUUAAGAAAAUUGACUUACCAAGAGAGCACAUAACAAAUUAGAAAAUGUUUAGUAUGGCUUGGCUUAGUCUAAUCAGACCCACUCAUUUUAUUAAAUAUGUUGCAAUAUUGAAAUGUGAACAUUUUAUUGACAUAUUACAUUAUUACAAUUACAUUCUCCAGUGUAUGCAGUAUGUAAACUGGAACUUUGAGCAGGGAUAUGGUAGUUGCAAGGAAUUGACAUUUUGCUCAUUUUCAUGCCUUUUUUUCCUUCUCAUAUAUUUGCAUUGAUUUAUUUUCUUUGCAAUGCAGAAUGGCUGGUUUCUGUCAUAUUGAAUUAGGUGGUGACAGUUGCAUGGUUAAGUGUGUGCUCAUCAAGAGUAUUUUAUUCUUUUGCACAUCCCCUAUCUGUAUGACAAAGGCAAUAAAUGUCCAGUCUCA